AUGGGCAAGGCGCGGCGCUGGGCCAAGAACUUGCCCGACCCGUCGUGCUGCCCCGCGCUCCCGCUGCUUCUGCUCGCGCUCAUCGGCACGGUCGCGUUUGCCUUCUCGCGACAGGAGCAGCGGCGAGAGGCAGCGAAGAAGUGGCACGGACGCAGCGAGCGCGCAGAGGCAGAGCACGAGUAG